AUGUCGAAUCGGAUCGGCAGUGGAAGCCAGCCAAUCAUGAUCCCAAAACGGGAAGCAGCAGUAUUCGUCGCCCGGGGAAGAAAACAACCCCGAAAUCUAGCUCUCACGGAGCGGGCAUUGCUCUUACUACAGGUGCUGGAGAGGAAAAGGCUCAGACCUAAUCACAUCAGACAACGAGAAGCCAUCGUUGGGUUUACGGUUUACGCUCGUGUCUCAUCAAGAUUCGGGCCAGAUCAAGGCCUUGAUUGCAGGCAGCAAAACACCCAUCUUUCGAGAGAUUUCAUCAUCAAAAAUCUAUACAAGAUGUCCUACGGCCUUUCCACUCUUCAGCUGAGCUGUGUGGCCCUGGCGGCCUUCAUCGCCCUGCUGGUCUUCCGAAGACAAUCGAAGAAGUCCAAAGGGAACCUCCCUCCUGGGCCAAAGCCUUUGCCGGUUAUUGGCAAUUUCUUUGAUCUCCCAUCUGCAGGGCAGGCCGAGUACCUGCACUGGUUCAAGCACAAAGACACAUAUGGCCCUAUCAGCUCUAUUAAUGUCAUGGGACUCACGCUGGUCAUAUUCCACGACAAAGACGCUGCCCAUUUUGUCAUGGGAAAGAAGGCCCAGAAGACGUCGGGAAGACCGCAGCUCACCUUUGCUCAACUAUGCGGGUUCGAGAACUUCCUCAUUUCCCACCAGUACGAUGACAAGUACCGCAAGCACCGAAAGAUGGUUCACCAGGAGAUUGGAACGAAAGGUCUCUCCGCUAAUUUCCAGCCCAUCCAGGAGAAAGAAUCACUUCAGUUUGUCCUCCAGACAUUGAAUAAACCUGAUGAAAUUUUACAACAUCUGAAGACUCUUGCUGCCGCCAUUGUGUUAAACAUCACGUAUGGUUAUACGAUUGACCGAAAUAGCCCUGAUCCAUUAGUGGAAUUGGUCGAGCACGCUAUGGAAAAUCUCUCUCAAGCAUUUGUGCCUCUUUCUUGGGCCGUUGACUCUGUGCCGGCCAUUAAAUAUCUCCCCGACUGGUUCCCAGGCAUGUCCUAUAGGAAAACUGCGCAAGAAUGGAAGGCCGUUAACGAGUCCGCCGCUCACCUCCCUUAUGAUUUUGUUAAACGCCAGAUGGCACACAAGGCCAAUCCUCCCUCUUACGUUUCCAAUCUUUUGGAGAAGAAUAUGACCAAGUCCAAGUCCGACGCGGGAGGCGGGAUCGAGUUGGACCCGGAAGAUGAAGUGGCUAUUAAGUGGACCGCCGUUAGUCUCUACGCCGCAGGCUCUGACAGCACCGUUGCCAUUAUUCAUAGCGUUAUCUGUGCCCUUGUUAUGUUCCCCGAGGUACCAAAGAGGGCACAAGAAGAGAUCGACCGCGUUGUUGGCUUGGAAAGACUCCCCAAUUUUAACGAUAGGGCUAACCUGCCUUAUAUUGAUGGCAUUGUUAAAGAAGCCUGGCGAUGGAAUCCCGUAGGACCUAUGGGCUUGUCCCAUAAGUCUGACGAAGAUAUUAUCUGUGGAGAGUAUCUUAUUCCUAAAGGCUCCUAUCUUCUUCCGUCCCUUUGGUGGUUCUUAAACGAUCCUAAGGACUACUCGGAGCCACGCACCUUUAAGCCAGAGCGAUACAUGGAGCCACUUAACGAGCCCGAUCCUAGUGAGCUUGCCUUUGGCUACGGCCGUAGGUCUUGCGCUGGUCGCUUCUUCGCGGAUGCGAGUGUCUACAUCACGGUGGUGCAGCUGCUGGCAGCUUUUAACGUUUGCAAGGCCAAGGACGCCCAAGGUAAUGAAAUUCCUGUGACUCUCGAGGCUAUUCCGGGUAUGGUGAACCGUCCUGCCCCUUUUCAGUUCAAGGUUGAGCCCCGGAGUCAGCAGCACAUUGAUCUCCUUCAUCGCAUUGAGUCCGAGCAAACACCCGAGGUUAGCCACGCGAGCCUGCUCAGGCUCAAUACGGUAUGA